UGAAGUUUAGCAGAACUUGUUAUGGUCUAGUUUGCCACCGAGACCGACCCUUUUGGUAACAAUGCGACUGUUAAUUAAGAGUUUAAUGGUUAAAAAGUAUUAGUGUUUAAAGCUUUUGGCAAUGGGGUCACUGAAAAUCAACGUUGGACAAGAAAAUUCAGCGACGGCGGCCACAGUUGAGGAGGCCAGGCUGGUGUGCCAGGGAGUAAACAACCAGAGCUACAUCUGUGAGUCGGGUCACUGCUGUGGAGAGACGCAGUGCUGCAGCUACUACUAUGAACUGUGGUGGUUCUGGUUGGUGUGGGCUCUGAUCAUUAUCCUGACAUGUUGCUGUGUAUGUCAGCACUGGCGUUCCAAGCAGCGUUUCCAGCAGCAGCGCCGGCAGAACGAGAUCAACCUCAUUGCAUACAGAGAGGCUCACAACAACUCUCAGCUACCGCUCUAUCUCAGGUUCCUUCCCACCUACUUGCUGCCACCCUAUGAAGAGGUAGUUGAUCGCCCAGUCACACCUCCUCCUCCUUACACGCCUCUCCAGCCAGCACCCCCACCCACAGACCCACCUGAGGAGUCCCCUGGCCCACACUCGUCAGUCUCCAUCCCCAGUGAUGCUGGAGUACUCCCUGCUACUCCAGAGGUCACGCAGUCCCACCUGCACAGCGCAUAUAACCCCCACAAGGACUUGACGCCGGGCAGGUACCGGCGCUUCACAGGGGAUUCUGGGAUUGAAGUAUGCGAUGGCCAGGACCUGUGGGAUCAGCACAGCUUUUUAGAAAAUGAAGAAGACACAGAGGAAGAGGGGACGGGGCAAAUGGAGGACCCAUGUCAUCGCUGUGGUCCUGACUCCUUUGAGCACAGCCAUAUUGGUGGAGCAGUUGUUCAUGAAAACACAGAUGGACACACAGCGGUGGAUUCAGAGCCACAGUCUCUGAGGUAAUCCAAAAUAAUGUCUUUAAUAUCUGCAGUCCUGAAACAUAACUGCAGCAGUCACUGAUGCAAUAUUAUGCCUUUGGUGCUCAGGGGUUUGGUGUGUCUGUUCCUGUGUAAGUUUAAUAACAGCAGUGUGUGUGACAGGCCUGGAGGCAAAUAAAAGGUAUGACUAAAUAUCUUAACAAUUUCCCAAAAUGUAAAUCUACAUUAGGCAGCUUUUGCUUCAUAGCAGAAACUGUGUUUUUAGCCAAGCUCCACUCCUCAUCUUCAUGUUGCGGUUUGGACGGAUGCUCACGUUGAUGAGCUGUCCAGCUGUCUGCAGUGAGAAUUUCUCCCACCAGGAGGCUGCACUGAAAUUCAUGUUUAUGUACUUGGUUCUUUCAGCUCCCUUCAAAGGUUCACUGAGUCACACAACCCAAUGUAAUGAGGUUGUUGCGCUUCAUUGCUGAGCUGCAAGGGCUCAGCAUUUGGAAGAUGCAUACCGUGAGACUUGUGCCUUAUUUAACAAAUUUUUUUCCGCAUGAUAGUAAAUGAAAGUUUAUUAAUCCAUUAAACCUUUGAAACCUGAGCAAAUUGGUUUUAUCUCUUUAAAAAACAUGGAGAGAAGAUCAUGGGCAACAAAAG